CAGCUCUGGGAGGCGGAGCCGGGCGGCGAUCGCGGCCCGGCCGCUUCCUGGUCACCGGAGCGGGAGGCGACAGGAGCCCGCCGAGGCGGCUGCAGGGGUCCGGCGGCCGCGGGUCCGGCUGCCGCCAUGGCGUCGCUCUUCAAGAAGAAGACCGUGGACGAUAUAAUAAAGGAGCAAAAUCGAGAGUUAAGAGGUACACAGAGGGCUAUAAGCAGAGAUAGAGCAGSACUUGAAAAACAGGAGAAACAACUGGAGCUGGAAAUCAAGAAAAUGGCUAAGACUGGUAACAAAGAGGCCUGCAAAGUGCUGGCAAAGCAGCUGGUGCAGCUGCGGAAGCAGAAGAACCGAACCUACGCUGUGAGCUCCAAAGUCACCUCCAUGUCCACUCAAACAAAGGUCAUGAACUCCCAGAUGAAGAUGGCAGGAGCUAUGUCAGCUACAGCAAAAACAAUGCAAGCAGUUAAUAAGAAAAUGGAUCCACAAAAGACACUACAGACUAUGCAGAAUUUCCAGAAGGAAAACAUGAAGAUGGAAAUGACUGAAGAAAUGAUUAAUGAUACUCUGGAUGAUAUAUUUGAUGCUUCUGAUGAAGAGGAGGAAAGCCAAGAUAUUGUUAAUCAAGUGCUUGAUGAGAUCGGAAUUGAAAUCUCUGGCAAGAUGGCCAAAGCCCCCUCAGCUGCCAGAGRUUUGCCAUCUGCAUCAGCAUCAACCGCUGCCACCAUAUCGGAUGAGGAGAUCGAACGCCAGCUCAAAGCCUUGGGGGUGGAUUAAAUUCUUGCAAUUCAGAGUCUGCCUUCAGAGUGUUCUGCUGUAGUCACACGUGCAWAGUGCAAAUACUCUUUCAAUGCAACUGAUUUCUUGAAAAACUCUGAAGUUUUGGACAUGACAACUUGAAGUUGGUGCUGGGGGAAUGGGACGGGGAGAAUAAUUUAAAUCAGUUUUAGAGAGAAGUACAUUCUUUGUGCAUUGCAUGGAGUCUUUUUGACUCUGGACCAACCAGGGGUGUAGUCCUAAUGAUAAAUUCAUUUAUACCAGAUCCAAAUCUGUCCUUCGGAUUCAAAGUUUCCUUCUACUUCAUGUUCCUGGUCUAUCUCUACAACUAGCUAUUCAGUGGCUGGUGAUGCCAUUUCCUAGGACAGCACCUAUGUAAUAUUUAUCACUUUUACAAAACUAUUGCURUAGAAACAGUCCGUCAUCCCUUAGCAUAAAUGAAACUACACCUUGGCUCUAAGUUGGAAACUAUUUUUUUCCAUGAGAAAUAAUUUUGGCAGUCUAGCAAAUUUAGGCAGAAAGAAAAAGUAUUUUAUGUAUUUCUUUCAAAUUCCUGUAGCAGCUUUUGAGCUGAUUAAAUAAUAGUUUGUUAUUCUUCUUACCAGAAGGGAAGGAUACACUCCUUGUGCAGUUAAUUUUUCUGGAAGAGGAAUUACAUUUGUUASUGAACUUCGUUGCAUGAAAGGCACUGAUUGAACUCCAUCGUACUGUAACAUAGCUGGUUUCAACAGAUUUGCUGUGCCUUUAUGUAUAUAAAUCUUGUACCUUUGUGAUUUUCUUUCUGAAUGAGUCUUUGAAAGGUGACUAAACUUUCAGUUAAGAUGGUUUCACAAAAUGCUCUGGUGAAACCUCUCAGUACACUUGAUGGGACUCAGUGCUGAAGUGGAGAAAUGCACUCAUUCAGAAAUGCAACUUGUGCACUUGAAAAAAGGACAUUUGCCUGAAGCAACAUUUGUAUAUAUUUUACAGUAUUUCUUAAUGGAAGAUAACUGCAUAAUUGUAUUGUUUGCUAAGAUGAAACUGAUCACAUUGAUAAACUAAAUCUUAGUUUUGAAAACAGUUUUGGAUCAUAACUGAUARCUACUUGUCAAACACUAUAAUAAAAGCAUUCUGGUUCUGUGGAGGUUUUUCUAUGGUCUCUGAACAGCAUCAACACUAUUCUAGCUUUAAGUGGAAUAUGCAUUGGGUUAAGGAAUAAAAACUACUGGUACUUGAAAUGGAUGACAAAAUGAGAAUGCAGUUCCCAGUUAUAACUUCCUAGAUGAAGUGAUGUUCCUCAGUCCGACUCUGCUGGAGAUAUUUGCCCCKCAGUGCUGAUUUAAUGGUGCUGCUCAUUGAAAAGAAACAACAAUCAUCAUGGCUUUAAAAAGAGAAAAGCAAAAUACCUCCCAAUAGCAAAACCAGGAUCAGUGACAUAAAGAGAUUUUUGUGCUAGAUAAAGUGUAGCAGGAAACCUCAGUGAACCUACUGUUGUUGCACCAUCUGCUGUUUAGGACUGAAGUGAGCAGAGAAAGAGAACUCAUAGGAAAGCCUUCCUCAGGUUUUCGGCCUAGAAUUGCAGGUGUUUUUUCUCUUUCAAAGAAACAAUGGUCAMACUGAAUCUGUCAGGUAGUGGGUAAGAAUGUGUAAGUUAAUAUAUUGCAUAUAUCCAGUAUGGGGUGAUUUUUUUUUUUUUUACAAGUUAUUUUGUAAAAAUCUAAUAAAAGGCUUUUUAUCCCACGA